ACCGGGCGAACAUAAGAUGAAUCUUAUACUCAGUGCGUCGGGAACUGAUGGACGAAACGGCCGAGAUGGGCGGAAUGGAAGCAUGGGAGAAUCUAAAGGAGAUGAUGGAGAAGACGGAGGAAAUGCAACUGAGCCAACCAAAGGAAAUGAUGGCGGAGGUAUAAACAGUCUAAUUAAAUUCGUAUCUUACUUUUUACGUUUCAAAAUAACUAGUGAUACUACUACUGGUCUCUCCGUCGAGUUCUCAGGCCGUUACCGUGAGGUGAAGCAUAAGUUUGAAGAAUUUAAUAAAACGUACAUAUGUGAUAUCGAUAGUUGUUUCAAGCUAGAAGCACGUGGAGGGAAUGGUGGAAUUGGCGGCGAUGGAGGUGAUGGAGGCGAUGGUGCCUGGGGUACAAAAGGACGCAACGCUUCUGAGCACUACCCUGCAACUGAUGGAGGACAAGGUGGCGACGGUGGUGAUGCAGGCGCGGGAACUAGUGGUGGCAAUGGCGGAAAUGGCGGUGAAAUUACUUUACGCAUGUUGGAUACAGAUGCUGGAUUGCUGAUGAUGUUUGUGGAAACAUGGAUUCCCAAAAUUGUCUAUAGUUUAGAUGUUAGUGGAGGUGCAGGCGGCAUAGCCGGUCAGCAUGGAGUGCCAGGCAUCGGAGGAGAGGGUGGUAAAGGUGGAUCCAGUUAUUCCUGGAGAGAAACGAGAGAACACUACGAUAAUAAUGGACAAUUGGUCACAACAAGUAUAAACCAUCAUCGAAACGGUGGACAUGACGGUACUCCUGGCGCAAGUGGGCGACGUCCGAAUUAUCACCUUCACGAUGGCAAGCCAGGAAACGACGGGACUAUUCGAUUCGUCAUUCAAGACAGUGUUACAAAGGGAUCCUUGGUUUACGAUGAGAUUUUUAAUAUACAUUUAGAACAAGUCAAUGUUCAUUCUGCCACAGGGGUGUUUGAACCCGAAGCCGAAAUUCAUAUAGACAGCUUGACAGUUCACAAUGAAUCUACAAUGCCCACACCAAGACGGGAUAUCCGUAUCACCAUUGAGGAUAGCGUAUGGAUUCUUAACAAAAAAGAGAUGGAUUUUACAACAUUACCACACCUAAUUGGACCAAAUGCCUACAAAGAAAUUGACUGCAAAAAGCCAUUCUCGUUCAUUAUCAGAAAACACGCAGUGGACGAGCCAGGGCCACCCUUUCGAGCAUCCGAUGAGUUGUGCCUGAAAGCCAAUAUGACUGGGCUUGGAAAGGAAUUUCCAACUUUUAAUAACCGGAGCCAUAUUAUUAACAUACAAUAUCCUAUCGAGUUUACUCGUGUGUCGCACAUGAACUCUAUGAUUACUGGUAUUGAAACGAAGGUUAUCUGGGGUGUGACAAAUACAUCCGAAGUAGAUUUUGGUACUCGCUCCGAAAAUGGACGUUGUGUUCGCGUUAGAAUACGCAAGAAAUAUGGAGAGAUCUCGCCUUCUGCCAUACGUUUUGGACUAAAUCCAGAACAACAAGGAGUUGGUAAUAUUUCCCCAGCUCAGACUUUGGAUAAAGAAUUUAUUUUUGAAAUUCCUUUGUUACGAGCUGGUCAAACACUACACUUGGAGGCUAAUUUAGUAAUAAGUGAAGCAGAACUCUACGAAUAUGCAGAAUUUUGGUUAUAUUUAGAACUUGGAAAGGUUCUUACACCUUCUGCAUCAAACGUUGUUCAUAUUCAAUCCUUCAAUGUCAGAAUGUCAAACGUUUACAGUGGUUUUCCACCAGGAUUUUAUCCAGACAUACUAAUUGUCACCAACCAUAAAACAACCCGUAAUGAAUAUGUGGCGUGGGAUACUUUGCUCAGGCAGCGACUUGGUCUCAGAUUCUUUCUGUGGGAUAUAUCAUUAAUGGGACAUUUUAGUUUAACAAAACGUAUAAGUACAAGUUUUUCAAAAGAGUCUACCACCACACUAAUGAAGGACCAUGUUGGAAAAACGUUUAUAAUACUAAACAACGAGUUUGAAUAUGUAUAUGGAGACGAGUCUCGUAUGGUUACAGCACUAGAUUUUAUGGUAAAGCAAGAGUGGUUGAAAGCAAUCCAUGAAAAUGACAACAAAUUUUAUGUGGUUUAUUUUAAUACCACUGUAAGUGACUGUGUUUCCACGUUGAACGAUUUGAGAAAGACGCCUUAUAAGGCAAGGAAACCGAUUAAAUACAAGUUUGAGCGUGUUCGACACUUUAUGACACAUUUGGGUAUAAAACAAACAGAGUCUUUGAGAGACAAAGAUAAAGAUGACGAGGAAGAUUCCUCCGAAAGCACUAAAACAUUGUCUCAAAAAGACAUUGUUGAUGACAGAGAGUCCAUCCAUAACACCAACCCUUCAAUUUUAAUUAAGGAAAUUGUUAAAGUACAAAUACAAGCUAAGCUUUUCUGCAACAUGGAGAGGCGGAUAAAGAAAAAGGCCGCAAAGGUCGAUAAUAGGUUGAAAAAGUCGCGUCCCAACAUUCAGCAUCUCAUCAUCUACAAAUGGCAUGAUGCAAAAAAGCCUCUAUUUCGCACAAAAAAAAACAUUUACGUAAAAACAGGUGGUCGUGUAAAGGUUUUACCAUCCUUGACAACUACGAAACAAAGAAUUAUCUUUGCAACUGCAGCUGAGGAUGUGGAUCCUGCAAUAUUUACCAACACACCGGUAAACUUGAGAGGAGUUAUCGCUAGUUUGGGCAUCGAUACUCUCUUCCAUCUACUGGGGCAAAUUUUCGUUACUAGAUUCAACACUGAUACAGAUAGCGUUCGCUCGUUCCCCACAAGUGAUCACCGGACGCUUGAUAGCAGAGAACAACAAAUAGCAGAAAUAAUCAAGCAAAAGAUCGUUUAUGAUGUUGCUGUGGAGUUAUCAACGGUUUGCGAUGGUAUUGGAGACAAUUACUCCCUUGAAGACGAGCAGGUUUUGGAGAUGAUGGAAAACUUGCGGCGCCUAGUUUGGAAAGUGGAAGCGUUGAGCAAAACAACCAAGCAAGAAGUCACGUUGGCAACAAUUUCGGAAGAAUGCGAGAAUACUUCAUCGCCAGCCCAUCCAGAAGAACCUGAUCAAGCACAGGUUGAUCAGAAUGAUGACAACGAAGUAAUAGCAGAGAUUGAUCAAGCUGACAAUUACAAUGAAGUGAUCUCGGAAACACCACCGAUUUAUGAUGACGCUAUUAAAAACGACGUACAGAGUACAACUGCCUAUAGUGAAUCACGGGAAGAGAUGGAAGCUUUCGACAUGUUUCCCGUCAAGCAAGGGACACCCCUUGGCGAGUGGAUACUGGACAUUUUGGCUCAGCUUUACGCCUUUGUUGAAAGUCUUAGAGCAGGAAUACAUCAGUCCAUUUUGCCCAAUAGAAGAGCUGUGAAGAUUCAUCAACAGUCUAUGGACCUUCUUCACCGUAUUGGAGAUGCGACGAUCAUUGGCUUUGCUGACCCGAGAUUUUCGACCGAGUCGCUGUAUAUGCAGGGAUCCACGAAAACUAGAAGGAUCGAUGUAGUGUUGCCUACUCAAUCAAUAGUUGAUGAUGAAAAGGAAAAAAGCUCAACGGUUGUUAUUAGCGACACUUGCUCCAAUUACUCCGAUGAUUCACGCAAUUAUAUUUCUAAUCAAGAACAACGAAGCAGCAGACUUUCCAGACAGCCGUCAUUAAUGUCUCUUGUUUCUGAUAUUUGGUCGCCUAGCGUAAGGCGUGCGGCAAAAAUGUCUUUGCUUAGUUCUUCUAGUAAUGACAUGUCAAUGCCUUGCUCCUACAUACCAUAUAAACGGCUAGACGUCAAACGACAAAAGCUUAUAAAAUCGUUUAAAACAGGAAUAAAGGUACGACUUCGCAAAAUGAUACAGAAGUACUACACACAAUGGGAACGAGAUGCGAACUAUAACCUCGGAGGCGUUUUGGAUCCACUUAAAAGAGAUCUACGUCGAUGUGCCAGGGAAGCCAUCUUUGCGCAUUUCGCAUCCUUAGUCGAUAAUACGAUAUAUGGAGGUAAUCCCAAGAAGAUAAAAGACGGGCACAUUAGCGGUGUAAAGAAUACAAUUAUCUCACGUUCAGAAUUUGCAAAGCAACGGAAUCUUGAAAUUGAUAGAGUCAAUAACAUGGAAAAUGUCAUUUCCACUUUCUUCGCUUUCCGUAAUAUGAUGAUGGAGGAGCCAGUUAAACGUUCACCUAUAUAA